CUGCAGGACGUUCUGAGGAAAAGACAUGCUGCUGAUUCAGGUUAUCUGUCGGACCACUCAGAGGGUGUGUCAGUCCACAAGAGGAAGGCGGAGUCUCAGCAGGAUUCUGUUUCAGCAAUAACAAGUACAGCAGACUGUUUACCUGAAGAGGCAGAACCUGUUCCAGCAAAGAGUCAUGAUGGUCAUGGGGUGUGGACCAGUUACCAAGAGCAGCUGAUGUCUGAUCGAGGAGCAGAGCCGGAGUCGCUUCUGUCCGAUGACAUCACAGCAACCCUUCAAGUCCUUUAAGGCUCAGUUGGAGAACCACUUCACGGGCUGCUGGCAGAAAGUUGAAACCGAAGUUCUUCUGUCCUUAAAAGAAAGUCAGCAGCAAGUCUCCUCUCUGCUCACAGCUGUCCAUCAGCAAAGGUUGUUGUUGCUGCAGCAGCUGGAAAGCAACAUCACUGAGAAGCUGAAACAGCUGGAAGAAAGCUCAACAAACCUGAGCUCCAUCAACAGUCAGAUUCUGACCAUCGUUUCAGCCAUGAGCUCGUUGACUCCGCCCAUUCCUCUUGGUAACCCUGGUAACCAGUUCAGAGUGGAGUACAUCAGAAGCAUUUCACCUUUGUCGGACUUCGAAUACACAGAGGAUUUCUUCCAGCAUGUUCAUAGCCUCUGGGAGGACGAAGGUGUGAAGGCCUGUUUUGAACGCUCCAAUGAAUAUCAGCUGAUUGACUGUGCUCAGUACUUCCUGGACCGGUUGAGCGCCAUCCGGAGGAACGACUACACCCCCACUGACCAGGAUUUAUUGCGCUGUCGGGUUUUGACUUCUGGGAUCUUUGAAACCAGGUUCCAGGUGGACAAAGUGAACUUCCAUAUGUUUGAUGUAGGGGGUCAGAGGGACGAGCGCAGGAAGUGGAUCCAAUGUUUCAAUGAUGUGACGGCCAUCAUCUUUGUGGCAGCCAGCAGCAGCUACAACAUGGUGAUCAGAGAGGACAACUCCACCAACCGACUCCGAGAGUCCCUGGAUCUGUUCAGAUCUAUCUGGACCAAUAGGUUUCUGAAAACUAUCUCGGUGAUAUUGUUUCUGAACAAACAGGAUGUGCUGGCUGACAAGAUACUGGCAGGAAAAUCUAAACUGGAAGAUUAUUUUCCAGAAUAUAAAAACUACCAGGUUCCUGCUGAUGCUCUUCCAGAUUCUGAUGAAGACCCCAAAGUGACCAGAGCCAAGUUCUUCAUCAGAGAUGAGUUUCUGAGGAUCAGCACAGCCAGCGGUGAUGGGAAGCAUUACUGUUAUCCUCACUUUACCUGUGCCAUCGACACAGAGAACAUCCGUCGGGUCUUCAACGACUGUCGGGACAUCAUUCAGCGUAUGCACCUGCGGCAGUACGAGCUGCUCUGAUUGGCUGCUGGCCUGCUCCUUCCUCAGUGACUAGGUUUCUGUAGUGGCUUGUUUGGUAUCUGAUCCAUGCUGAUAGGCAGUGCCUGUAAUACAUGUUUGUGGAUUAGUUUGUUUUUUCUUAGGAGGUGCUAUCCAAGGCAUACCACAGGGAUUUUUCAGGAUGGUAAAUAACCUAAAUUUUAAGACUAGGCAUAGAAAGAAAUGACAAAAUUUUCUGUGUUUUUAAAAUAUUCCAUCAUAAGAUUAUAACCUGUCCCUAAGUGGGUGUUUCAGAUGGUGAUGUCACUUCCUGGGACCAGUUUUAGAGCUCAGAUUUUGUUAGACUGGAAUUUCUUUAACUUUGCAUUAACUAUUUAAUCUAACUUAAUUUUGUCUGCAAAAAUGCUAUUAAAGAUAAUUUUCACAGU